UUCGAUUAAUGAUAGCACGUGUUGCGGACGUUCGCGUUUUAUAAAUUAUUUUCUAGCUUGAUUUUAAAAUAAAGUAUAAACCUUGGUGUGGAAUAGAAUAUAAUUUUAAAAAAAAUGGCUAUGCUGGCGGAACCACGACGCCGCAAGCGGUACAAUUUGUGCCCGCGCGGCAAGGCGCUCUACGAAGAUGAAAACCGAUUCGGCACCAAAAUGCUGGAGAAGAUGGGCUGGACAAAGGGCAAUGGCCUGGGCGCGAAUCAGGAUGGCGAAAAGGAUUUUGUUCGCAUACGCUUCAAGAAUGACGCAGAGGGAUUGGGAUUCGAGGCAAGAGAUGACCAGUGGACCACUCAUGAAGAGGGCUUCAAUGGGCUGCUGAAAUCACUAAAUGGCGAAGAAAACGAGGCUAAUGGCAAGGAAUCGGAACCCGAAGAGGAAGCCAGACCCAUGGGCUUUGGUUUUAAAGCCGCAGAACCGGAGGAGCCGACUAAGAAGACUCUUAAGGAGAAGAUCAGUGGUGUGUCGCUGGAGGAGAGAUCGAAGCAAAGUAGGGCUCGAGUUCACUACAAGAAGUUCACAAGGGGCAAGGACUUGUCCCAGUACAGUGAAAAGGAUUUGGCCAAUAUUUUUGGCAAGAAGGCAACAGAUGAUAUAGAAGUACCAGUCCCCGUGGAGGUUGAAGAGCCAAAGGAGGAGAAACUGGUGGAUCCCAACUUCGCUGGGGUACAAACAGUGAGCACUGGACUUUCAGUCAGCGAUUAUUUCAAACAGAAAAUGGAGGCCAUGAAAAACAAACUAAGAAAGGGAGCCGAGAGCUCUCCAACGGGCGCCGAGGCACAGGUUAAUAGCAACGAUGAAAAGCUCCAAGAGACCCUAACAGAGAAUGGCCAUGAACCCAGUAAAAAGAAGAAAAAAAAGAAGGAUAAGGAAAAUACAACUGAGCCACCGAUUGCAGAGGAAGAAGUUGAGCAACCACCUCUUAAACAAAAGAAAAAGAAGAAAUGCAAACGCUCUUCUCAGGAUGAGCCUGAACAAUCGAUGGUCAUCUGCGUUGAGGAACAGCCAGCAGCAAGCGAUGAGUCCAAUCCGGCAAAGCGAAAGAAAAAAAAGAAGGACAAGCAGAAUGAAUCUUCAGAAGAUUUGGUAGAAACCAAAGAGCCACUUGAAGAGCCUGCAUCGAAAAAGAAAAAAAAGUCCAAGAAAACCGAGUUGGUAGAUACGGAAAUAAUUAUAAUUGAUGAUGAGUUGCCCAAUGAUGAAAAUGCGAGUAAAAAGAAAAGUAAAUCUAAAAAAAGCGAAGUUACCAACGAAACUCAGGAAGAAAACACUGUUGCGACAAUAGAAGAAACCUCAACAAAAAAGAAAAAAUCGAAAAAGGAGAAGAAGGAUGUGGAGACAAUGGAGAACGAAUCGAAGGAAGUUACACCGACCGUACCUAAAGCUAUUGAAAAAACCUCCAAGAAAAAGAAAUCGAAUACUUAUGGGGAGCCCGCACCUGAAGAUUCUACACUUGCUAUCGCCGCAGAGAGGGAAGUAAAGAAUCUAAAAGGAACGGGAAGGAAGCACACGGACGACGUAAGUGCUGCCAGUAAAAUCUCCGACGAUAAAAGCGAUCAGUCAGCCGAUGAAGAUCUGCCCAAAGACCUCUUAUCACUGGAAGAGAUUCAAGAAAAAGUAAAUUCAUUCAAUACUAUUAAAAUCUCUCAAUUUUGUGCAGACAAAUUCCAAAUGGUCGACAUGAGUGCGUUUCACAAGUCGACGCUGGGCGAGAUCGCGGGAUACGGGACAAGCGAACACGUGCAGCUGGAAGUGGUGGAGAUUGCGGGUGACAGAAAGCGCAUACUAGACCUUUGGAACAAUAAUACCCUUAAGGACAAUGCUAAAAACCCACAGCAUCCUAAAAAGGUUAAGCGCGCAACGAUUCGAGCGGUUAAGAAAAGAGUCGCAUUUCAAGGAAUUUAGUUCUAGCAAACGAAAUAUAAUUCAACGUGAUUCUUAUUAUGAUUGUUUUGUACAUAAACAACUUAAAUAGGUAGUCUAUAAGCUUCAUGGUUUACAUUUUAAUGUGUAACAAGAUAAUUAAUUAAACUGAACUAUACAUUUCAA